UGCAGUGUCCGGCUUCUGUCGCAGGCUUUCACAUCAACUCCUCACAUCCUACUCCGAUUCACAUGUUUCGAAACACACAUCUAUCGACAUGAACGCGAUUUCAUCGCGGUUUUCACCGACUGAGCCCAAGAUGUCCGUUUACGCAAUAUUACUCCGUUCUUAAAUGAUGAGUCUAAUGAUCACAAUUGCACUGGCCAAUGUUUCAGCUCCUUCAGCUCUGCGCCUUUACAGCAUUUUUGGUCACGGAAUUGCACAUUUCUCCGAAGAGGCUUUUAUUCUUUUUUUCUCCGGAUUAAAGGCAUCUUCGCAUCAGUCGGAUCGUGGAAGAGAUUCGACUCUUUUCAUUCGGGAGUGGGGUUUAAUAUGUCAAGACGAAAACAGACCAACCCUUUCAAAGUGAAUUGUAGGUAUCUCAGGGUCUUUUCCCACAACUGGGUUCUCUGGCCCUCAGCACGCCUUUGAGAUGGAUGCUAGAAAUGACUUCAUUGUGGAUGGCGAAUGCCAUAGCAACAACUCGCAGGAUCCUGAAGAGCAAGACAGCACAAGUGACGAUGGUGACAGUGAUUUUGACAAAGACGAUGACUCGAAUGGCUCUGCGGAUGACAGCAUGACGAGUAAUAAGAGCAGCCAGUGGUGCAUACAGCAGGAGGAUGUCAAAGAGGAGUGUGAGGAAGGCACAGACCAGGGGAGCAGUUAUGUCUGUCCUCUUUGUCCCCUGGAGUUCAGUAGUCCAGAGCUGCUCAUCUCACAUGUCUACCAGCACACAUCGGUGGGCGGCAGUAAGAGUUUCAUCUGUCCUGUUUGUGGACGAGCUCUCAGCUCUCCGGGCUCUCUUGGUCGCCAUCUUCUCAUCCACUCAGAAGACCGCCUGUCCAACUGUGCAGUUUGUGGCGCCCGCUUCACGGACACCAACAACUUCAACAGGGAAAAGUUGAAGGAGUUUCUCAACACAAGUAGUACGGAGAUCAACAGCAACAGUGAGGCCUGCUUGGUGCCCAACUCUCUACCCAGAAGCCCCGUGACUACCCCCAGCACCAAUCCUGGUCCCUCGUUGAACUCAAUCCCAGACGGCCUCCUCUCAUCUGCACCUCCUCUUCCUUCCCUGUCCGACAGCAGCCUUUCACCCGUCAGCCCCUCCAACACGGGACUGCCCCCUCUUCCGGACCUUCUAAACCCGAUGCCUGUGUAUCCCGCCGGGGUUCUGUUAGUCUGCAACAGCUGCAUAGCCUACCAGCAACUUGUAGACGCCCAGUCGCCCACCAUGCGGAAAUGGGCGGUCCGUAGAAAGAACGAGCCUGUGCAAAUGAGGCAACAGCGAUUGGAACGUGAGCGCACGGCAAAAAAGAGCAAACGGGCAUGCGAGAGCGCAGAUGAGCGCGAGAUGCGACGUUUGCGAGACCGCGAGGCGAAACGGAUGCAGAGGAUGCAGGAGACCGACGAACAGCGAGCCCGACGUCUACAGCGUGACCGGGAGGCCAUGCGACUCAAACGGGCCAACGAGACGCCAGAGAAGAGGCAGGCGCGGUUGAUACGCGAAAGGGAGGCUAAGAGGCUCAAGCGACGUCUUGAGAAGAUCGACCCGUCGUUGAGAAACCAGAUCGAACAUGACCCGGCAGCAAUGGCGGCUCUGACCGCCGAUAUGAAUCUGUUUCAGUUUUCCUUCCCCAUGUCUGUUUCCAAUAUGGAUAAUGGGUUGUUUAUGAAACUUCCAUAGUGAGCAUUGCAUCGGCAUUCUUAAAGCUUUGAAGUUACUUGUCCGGUGUUCACACUGAAAGCGGUUUGCGGAAAAAAGGUUGUGAAGUCAUAUUGUUUUCAAAGGGUUGGCUACAUAAAACCAAGGAUUUGUUGGUGGUACCAUGGCGGUGAAGCUCACUGCAUCUUGAUGGAGUUGUGUACUGAAGAACACCUAAUAAGAACCAACAGUCCAACAAGUUGCUAACCUUCAGUCAGUGUGACUGCACCUUUAUGGAUUUUUGCAAUGUAAAAUUCACAAACAUCCACAAAAGACUCUCAAAAAAAGUUUUAAUGUCUGUAGGCAUGUUUUGGAGAUUUCUCUUCUCCAUUUUUAUGACUCCCUCUUGUAUUUAUCUUCAAGGCGGUUGGACGUUUCCACAAUGUGCUCCUCUGGACGCUCAUGGACCUCAGAGUGAGAUCUACACUCCAUAUUCUAUUCAAAUCACCAGUCUGAAAAAUUGGGAGUUUUCCCGUUCACCUCCCUAAACCUGAGAUUGGGUUACUGGCUAGCUCAUAUUCACAGAACCAACUACCUCACCAUGGGCUCUCUGCAUGGCCUCAAACGUUGACUGGAUGUCUCUUAUGCCAAUGCAUACAAUAUUGACAUUCUUUACAAGUUCUUCAACACUUUAUUUUCAUGCAAUGGCACUUCAAACCCAAGACUUUCCCAAAUGGUCCGAACACAUGUCUAGUCAGCCAGCAUUUAGACCGGCAUUCCCUUACACCACCUUUUUGGUCACUAUGCACUCUCUCUGAACCAUUUUUCCAAACCUGCACUGGUGCAGAUUGUCCCAGUAGACUACCACCUGACUUUUGGAGAAGAUGACACUGAGGGUCUUUAGGGGUGACAUUGCCCUUUUAAAAAGAAGACGUUCAUUUGUUUCAAAGCACAUUCAGACACGCUUCUCUAUCUCCCCAAAGGCUUACUACCUUACACACGGGUUUGCGCUGGCACUCAGGGAUGGUGAGGAUCACCUGUAUCUUCAUGGCCUGAGAACAUGAAACAGAAGACCUCCAUAAAUCAUCUUUAUGAUCAGGACACACUGCCUCACCUUUAAUGGUCACAUUGGCUUGUUUCCUUCCUUUUGUACAUUUUUCCACUCUUCAAUCUCUUCAGCUGAGCCGAGACGUGAGUAUGGAUGUUACACGACUCCAUUGUGUCUCAACUAACCAACCAAUCUUCUCAUCUGCUGCUGUUAUUGUACUGUAUGAUGUUUAUGUUACCUCUUUAAACCAGUGCGGUUGGGCGCUGGAACCGGGAAUGCUUAUGGCGACAAUACAAAGUAUUUAAAAAUGCGCUCAAAAUGUUGCCUUUGUCACUGGAAAGUUUUGCUAUGGUUUUAUAUUUAUAUGCAGGUAUGAUUAUGUUAGUGAUGUUUCUGACAUGUGCAAUGAUGUUAUGGUUUAAAGGGAUAGUUAACCCAAAAAUUCAAACUCUGUCAUUUAC